CUAAAUCCAACAACCAAUCGAAAACCAACAACAACAAAAAUACAAAAAGUGUGUGCAGCGGCAUUUUCCACAAGCUGACAUGUUCAAGGCCAACGAGCGCUCCACUUUAUGUUUAGUUAAACAAUAAUCAAUCGACCAGUGAAAGAGACCAAUUGUAAGCGGACAAAAGCACCCAUCAUGGAUCUGCCAUCGAUGGUUCAGCGAUCCGGCGAUACGCUAAUCGUGCGCAGCGUUGUAAGUGGCAAUCAGCUCUACAUGGAACCGGGCGUGCACAAGGCUGGCAACAACAACAGCAACAAUAGCAACAAGAUUAGCAACAAUUUGCAUGGGAACAACAACAGCAAUAACAACAACAACACAACGCCACCGUUGGAAACGACAACGUCGCCAACGGCAACAGCUGCCAGUGGACUGGAGCAGCAACUGGAAAGAUAUCGACUGCAACAGUUGUUGCAGCAACAGCAACAAGCGGCAGCAGCAGCUGUUGCUGUUGUCAACAGCGUGCAGCAGCAGCAGCAACAGCAACAACAGCAGCAGCAGCAACAGCAGCAGCCCCAUGUGACGCUGUCGCUGGACGCCAAAGAGGAGGGUCUGCCACAAUGCAAAAUUAAGCGUAAUUAUAGCUGCAAUCAGUGUGCGUAUUUCACGCAGAAUCCGCGUUAUCAUUUGACGCAUCUGCGCGACGUGCACGGCGAGAAGAUUGUGAUAAAUAAGUGCAAGUUGUGCCUGUACGCCUCGCGCCACUUCCAGAAGCUGGUGCGCCACAUGAAGAUGGUGCACGGUUGCACCGAUGGCAUACCCAGCGGGCAUGGACAGGCGCGCGGCAAGCGCGGCAUGAGUCGCGAGGCACGCAAGCGGCGACUCGAGGAGAGUGUCGGCGUGAUGGGUGGCCAAUCGUUGGCCAUGUCUGUGCCGGAUAUGCCCACGCUGGAGCAGGUGAAGCGUGAGCUGCAGCUGCAGGAGCAGAAAUUGCAGCGCGACAUCGAGGCCUACAAUCAGCGGCAGCGCGAGGAGCUGCAGCAGCGCGAACAGCAGCUGGAGCUCGUCUCCAGCUAUGGCCGACAAUUGCAGGCGACGCUGCGCGAUCUGGAUGUGCAGGAUGCGUACGAGCGUCAAUCGUCGCCAGCGGAACCGCCAACGCCAUCGCCGAGCGGAUCGGCAACACCGCCACCCGCCACAUUCUCAUCGGGCGGCGAGGAGCCGCAGAAUCGUUUGCUCAAGUGCAGCGCCUGCGAGUUCACCACCCUCUAUCGCAACCAGUUGCGUGCCCAUGAGCUGGCCGAGCAUGGCAAGACGAAGUUCUUCCGCUGUGACAAGUGCAGCUAUGUGACGCACAUCAAGGCGCGCUUCAGCAAACAUGUCAAAUACCAUUCGAUGCCGAUGAUCAAGUGCGUCACUUGUGAUUUUCGCACGCCGUACAAAUGGAAUCUGGAUAGGCAUAUGAAGAAUCAUGGAGGCGCUGGCGCUUUCAAGUGUGCCGCCUGUGAUUUUACGGCAGACAUUAAACAGUCGCUGACAGUCCACGAGAUGAAUCAUCAUGUGCCGCCAGUGGGCAAUGCGGGCUCCAUUUGGCCGCGACGUCAGAAUAAAGUUGGCGCUAGCGAAAUGUGCGAUGAUUUCCUGAGCGAUUCGGCUGAGCUGGAGGAUCAGUAUAAUAACAACAAUCUGGAUGAUGAUCUGGAGGAUGGCGAUGGUGGCGCCUUGAGCGGUGAGGAGCACUACGGCAAACGCAGCAAGUACGAGGAUGAUGAGGAGCCAACGGAUCUCUCACAGAAGGGCGGCUGCUCCUCGGACACAUCCAGCGUGGGUACGGCCACACCGCGUGACCUGCGUCCGUUGCCCAACCUGAUACCCAUCACAAAAAGCCCCAAGGACGUGCUAAACUUAUCAAAGGAUACGAAUGCCUCGCGAAGUUCCCUGACCGAGAUAGCGUCGAUGUUCUUUAACGAGAAACAAAUCUCCGAGAUGCUGGACAAGUCGGAUGUGCCACAGCUCUCGCCAGCGACGACCAUCGCCUCAAUAGCCUCCUCGCGCAGUCUACUGGCCAAGAAGAGCGGCUCAUUCUUCGACAAGCUGAAGACGGGGGCACAGCAUGAUAAUCUCAUUUGCCAAUGUGGCUAUGUGGCCAAAUGUCUGUCCGAAUCGAUUAUACACGGCAAGAGCUGUCAGUCCUCGGCGGUGGUGCUGGACGAAGAUGAUGCCGCCCUGCAUGAGGAUGAUGCCGACGAUCGGCUGGAGAUUGAUGAAGAUGACGAAGAUCGUCAAUCGCAUUCGGCGCUCAAUUUGAGUGUUUCGGGUUCGACACGCUGCCAGCACUGUCGACAUCGCUGCAAAUCCUCCACAGAUCUGCUGCAUCAUCUGUCCCAGUGCGCGGAGGCGAUUCGCUGCGCUCACGAAAUGUACGACUCCAACUCCGGGGAGAGCAGCGAGCGUCGCAACGACGCCCAUUCGCUGCAGCAGCAGGCAGCGGUCCAACGACAGCGUGUUUGCAUAUGGAACAAGGAGGCCAAGCAGAUUGCUGCUGCCGUGUUUAAGGAUAAGGCCAUGCUGCUCAACAAAUCACCGAAUGGCAGCCAAGCGGCCAGCAACGAGGAGAACAGUUACUAUGGCGUGGAGACAGCACCCGGCUACGGCGAGGUAACCAAAAAGAUGACGCCCGAAGAGGAGGCAGCCAACUCGUCACUGAAAAAGGUCUACAAGUGUCCGCAUUGCAGCUUCUGGGCAUCGACUGCAUCCCGUUUCCAUGUCCACAUUGUUGGCCAUCUCAAUAAGAAGCCGUUCGAGUGCUCAUUGUGCUCGUAUCGCUCCAACUGGCGCUGGGAUAUCACAAAGCAUAUCCGUCUGAAGACCAUUAGGGAUCCCUCGCAUAAGACCGCCAAGGUGCUGAUGAACGAUGAGACCGGUCGUCGAAACUACACCAAGUAUAACAAGUAUAUAACGCUGAUGAAGGUCACCGAGGAGGAUGGUGAUCCCAAGCUGAUGAAAUCUGGCGAAAUGACACCCAAUCAAGUCGCUUCGCUGGCCUUCCUCAAGGACUAUCAGAAAGUGGGCGUUGGUCAUGACAUCACGGUCGAGCCCGUCUUAUCCAAUAAAUCGAAUGCAUUGGAUGAUGCACAGCUGGCCGAUAAUCUCAUACGUUUGCCACUGCUUGCGACCUUUGUGAAUGCUGCAAUGGCCAAGCAGCAGCACCAGCAAAAUCAGCAACUGGAACAGCAGCAGCAGCAGCAACAGCAGCAGCAGCAGCAAGAGCAACAGCAUAAACAUCACUCCACAAUGAUAACGCCAUCGGUGACCAUAUCGCCAGUGAAGCGCACACAUCAAACGCCGCCUGGCAAGCCCAGCGAUGAUCUCAUCACUGAGGUGCAUCAGGAAGGCAGCGAAAAGAAGACAUUCUACAGAUGCCGCAAGUGCAACUUCCGACAUCAUAACCGCGACGCUGUGCUGGCCCACGUGAAGAUUCACUACCAGGAAUCGAGCUUCCCCAAGUCAUCAGCGUCGGGCAGCAGCACAUCGCCGUUGCAGGUGUCCGUCAGUUCGAAUCAACAGCUCUACAUGAACAAAGUAUUCGCUGCCAUGUGCCUAUCGCAGCCAUCGCCCACAUCGGGCGCCACCUCAUCCUCCACGGGCAGCAAUGGCCAGCAGCAGCAGCAACAACAACAACAUUCCCUCAUCUCGGCUGGUCUGCUGCAGCGUGCCAUACAAGAGGCACAGCAUUCACCCACACCGAAUGCGAAUGCGCUGAGCGGUUUAGCCUUGGCGCUGGCCACCGGUGCUAGCAAAUGUCCAACGGGUAGCACAACGACAACGACGACCAUGCCCAAAGCUAAUGCCGCCUCCAUUUUAGAGCACGGUGAGCAGAAAGCGAGUCAAAAUGAGGCAAGUGCCGACAGUCUGACGUCGCCCACAAUCACCCCAAGCGCGGCCAGAUCAUUGCAAGAUCUGCUCACGUCACCACGAACCAGACACGGGGGGGAGUUAAUCAAUAGUGGUUAUGGAUACCGCCGGAUAAACCACAAGAAGACGCCCAGCGCAAUCGCCGCCGUCGAUAACGUUGCAUCAUCAAAUACACCCACCACCACCACCACCAAUACAUCGCAUAUGCCAGUAACUACCACUCCUAUUCCUAUUUCUACUUUUCCAACUGGUGCCAAGUCCUUGAUUCAUACUACUGGUAAUUGUAACAGUAACAGUAACAGUAACAUCACAUCCAAUCUCAUCGAUACACAUUAUAAUAAUAAUAAUCUACAACAUAAUAAUAAUCAACUGAUCAUCACUGGUGAUGGGGUCUAUGCGGCAACGGGUCUAACCCAUGCCAUACACAAUACUAAUCUCAAAUCCACGCCAGCCUCGUCCAUGUCGUCGUCGUCGACUUCAUCGCUAUCGGCUUCGGCAUCGGCUUCGGCAUCCGCAUCGGCAUCGUCAUCAUCAGCAUCGCCGGCUUCGGUUGCGUCAUCGCCGCACUCGUCGCCGCCAUCUUCGUCGUCGUAUUUGCCACAGAGCCACAUGCCACACGGCCACACGGGGACACAUUUCCAUAACCAUAGUCCAGGUAGUCCCAGUCUCUUAACGAUGAACGACGCCGAUCGGCGAGAUCCGUCGCCAUAUCGUUGUGGCCACUGCCAUCAGGUGUCAAAUUGGAAGCAUGUGAUUCAGCGGCAUUGUCGCUUAAAGCAUUCCGGGGAUAUUCGGAUCGAGACCCUUGAGCGGAGCAGCAGCAACAACAGCAGCGCCGCCCCAAAUGCCCCGCCUAUUUACCGUCCACAGGGCGCCGGCGCCAGCAAUGAGUCCCACACUCACAGCAACAGCCACAACAACAACAACAACAAUAACAACAACAGCAACAACUACAAUAACAACACCAACAAGCCCAAUAAUAACAACAAUAAUUCAGUGCUGAGCAGCAAGCAACUGGAGCAAUUGUUGCAUUCACCGCUCUCUGCCAGUGCCGCUGCUGUGGUGAAUGCCGCAAAUACGCAACAGGAUUUGCAGGCAGCUGCUGCAUAUUGGGCCGCUGCCUGCAAAGCAGCAAGCGUCGUCGUAAGCUCCGGCAGCGCCGAGGAGCUGUUGCAACUGCAGCAGAACGAUCAAAUUGAAAUCACCCGCUUGCCAGCAGCGGCAGCAGCAGCACUGCCCAGCAGCAACAGCAACACGAAAAGCAAACAGCAAAAGUGUCCCGUUUGCCCGUACAUCUCUGAGAGUAAAUCCCAGAUGAACUACCAUGUCUCGCUGCACAAACCCACACAGUACGAGUGUCGUCUGUGCACCUUUGUCUGCGCCAAGAAGCAACAUCUGAGCAGCCACAUGCGCAGCGUGCAUCAACAGCAGCUGGGUGGUGGUGGUGGUGGAAGUGGUGCAGCAACUGCAGCAGCAGCAGCAGCAGCAGCUGGCUUGGACUUUAGUGUGGCACUGCAGCUGGCUGCUGCCAAGCAGGUGCAACAGCAACUGCCCGCCAUCGAUUUGAGUCAGCUGCAGCUGGAUCCGGCAGUCAACGCGGAACUGCCACCGGAAUACCAAUACAAGCUAAUCAGUUAUUGUCCACGGUGUCCCGCCCGCUUCGCCCAGAAGCACAACGAUGAGCGCAAUGCAAAGUUGGAGCUGGAGCAGCAUUUGGCUGCCCAUGCGCCCAGCGACAUGGAUCUGGACGCUGAAUUGCUGCACGUUCAUGUGUGCGCCUAUUGUGAAUAUCGUGCGGAGGCGGAGACACUGCUCCAGCUGCAUCGUGCCGUGCACAUGUCGCACUACCAGGAGAAAUGCCAACAGCUGUAUCGCAACUGCAAGGAGGAUGUCGAAUAUCCAUCGCCCAAGUUGCUGCAAAUCAAUGGCGGACCUGAAACCAUUUGGGUGGUGGACAAUGAAUUCGUUGCACAUUCGUUGCGUCAGAGCGCCAUCAGUGCGUCCAGCAGCUAUAAUGGACAAAAUUCGCUGCUGAAGAAGCAACUGGAGUCGGCGAUUCCGCGUGAGCCAGCCAAGCACACCAAGGAGCCCGAUGCUGAAGCCCAGCCUGAGGCUGAGGCUGAUACCGAGCCGCAACAGCAACCGGAGCUCGAGGAGGAUGAUGAGCGUCAGAGCAGCUCAACAACGCCAUCGACUAGCGCCUCGGUGGCCACCAGUGAUUUGGCAGUGGAUGCCAGCAGCGAUGCCGGCUCCAUGGAUAUGCCGCAAUCAGCAUCGGCUCCACAGCGCUGCCAACAUUGUCCGUUCGAGACACAGCUGUACGAGCAACUUCAGCAGCAUCUGCGGCAACAUGCAUGCGUUAAACAGCCGCCGGUGGAGGCACAACAGUGUGCCCACUGUGACUAUAGCGUCGUGGACGAGGCCGAACUCGAGGAGCACACUGCGGUGCAUUUCAAUGCCAGUGAGAAGCUGAAAGCUGUUGAUUUUUACACCUGCUAUGACAAACUGGAAAUCAGUGUGGAACAGGAAGCGGAAGCGGAUCCAGAUAAGCAACAGGCGGAGCACAAUAACAACCAGGAUAAUGUCAUCAAUGCCAAUGUCCAAUUGGAGCAGCAGCAGCAGCAGCAGCUUGAAGCAGAUGUGGCGCCUGAGGCGUCUAGGAAGCCCAGCACAAAGAUCAUUCUGUACAAGAACGAUGGCGCACUCAGCGUCAAGCCCACCUCCAUGGAGGAGGAUCUGUUGUCGUCGCCGCGCAGCGAGAAUAUCAGCGAUCGACUGCGAAGGCGUAGUUUGCGUGGCAACGCCUCUGCCACGCCCCCACCAGCAUCGCCGACGUCCACGCAGACAACGGAAGCAGGCGAUAAAAUGAUACUGGUCAAUGCCAAGACGGGCAAAGUCAUUUCCCGCAAGUAGGCGUGGUCCGCAAGUCCAACGCCCUUUUCUCUUACUAUUGUAUUUUACAUAGACAUAGUAUAUAAAUUUAUUAUUAUUCUAAUUAUUAUUUUUUGGGGUUGUUAAUGUUUUGUUGUUUUUUUUUAUAUAUAAAUUUUGGGUAACUAGUUGUCAAGUUUUGUUUUAAGCACCAAUUAUUAUUUAAACUGUUACUAACAAACACACACACACCGUUUGGAACAUGUUCCUGCACUUUGAAUCUUAACUUUAAGUUGUUCUUUUAUAUGGAAAAAAAAAAAACACAUUAAUUAAUUACCAGUGGGUAAUUGCAAGCAUGUCAGCUCUUAAUUUCUUGUUAUGUUUCAAACAAAAAAAUACCCGAGUGCGGUGCAAAAUAUUAUUAACUAUAAUUUAUAGAAACGAUGGAAUCAAAACUUAUAUAUAUAUAUA